AUGAGCCAUUCACAGACCCCAUCAGAGUCACAGUCCAUCUCUGGUGCAUCUGGAUAUUCUCCGUUUGAUUCCUAUGGAUCUAUUCGACCAUCCUACCCUUAUCAGUCCAGUCAUUCAUACGCAUCUCGCCACGGAGUGCCAGCAACAAUAGAUUCAAAUCAACUGCAGCUCAGAAGGAGCAUGUCAUCGCUUCAUGACCCUUCUGAGCCAAUGGCUCGCCAAGGUUCUAUUUAUAAUGGAGCACCAUCCUAUGCACUACCAAAUUACUCUAGUCCCAGCACUUUGGAACAUAGUAAUGAUACGGCAUAUCGUAGCUCCUACCAACCACCACCAGAAAGGUACUCAUCUUCAAGCAGUAUGGUGAAUGGUGUGUCUGGCCAUCGAAGACCAUCACUAUCUUCUAUUGCAAGCUCAAUAGCACCAUUGACGACAGACACCACACUUAGACAGCCGAAUGUCUAUUAUGGGGACCGCCAAGCAGAUUCUACUAUUCCGCAUCGUCCGCUGAGCAACGCUAGUUCCUAUUCACGUAUGAGGUCGCAGGAAUCGCUUUCAUCGGCUCAAUCUCAUCACUCUGAGAUCCCCUAUUAUCAGCAACAUUCAAGAGGGUAUAGAGAGAGUCAUGCUUAUCUUGCGCCGUCCUCUCUGCAGCCUGGCGUUCCCACUGGCACCAACCGCGUAUCGGAUAGAUAUCAAUCGCAUCAUCCUGCUCAGCAACCACCAUCAGCCCGUCAUCUGAGCAGCAACGAUCAGUAUCACUCCCAUCAACAUCAGUCUUCUCAUCCAUCUCCUCGUAGCCAGUCUGCAUUUAGUGCAUAUAAACCUCGACUAUACCCUUCAGAUAAACAACAUGGCCCACUAUCAGGUACUCGAGUUAUUUCAAACCCACACGAUGUACCAAAUGUAGAUCCAAAACAGCCUUCCUUGUCCAAUGAUAGAUACAGCUCCUCGUCAAAGUCUAAAAAUUCAUUGCAUUUUAAUCCUGUAACUACUACGCCCAAGCCAUCACAACUCAUUUCAUCUGCUUCACAAAGCUCAACUCAGCCGAGCAUUCCACUUCCAAGCGUGAUGAGAGAGCAUUCAAAAUUCAUAGAGUCUAUACUAAAGUCUUCGUUGCAGCCAACAAACACGCAAAGGAGUACGAUUGGCGAUACACAGGGUUUGUCCACAGAGCCAUCUGCAAAUUCUCAGUCUCGACAAACCACAGAUCAAACACAUAAUGAAGAUUGCACCACACCAGUCCCAGUUCAUCGCAACUCUCCAACAUCAAGUCCAACUCAAGCAUGGGCUACAGACCCAUCAACUGCUCUUGGAAACUCUAAACCACUUGGAGCAUCCAUGACAUCAGUCUCCGCUGUUGUUUCCAAUAAUGAACAUGCCAAGCCGUCAUCACUAUCUCAACAUCCUACACACACACGCGAUCAAGAGUCAGACUUUAAGUCGGAUCAUUUAGCCAAGUUGCAGAGUAUUACCUUGGAAUUGUAUCGUACGCUUUCAAAUGCUUCAAUGCAGGGACUAGGAGCUCAUGAAUGUCUUUUAUUAAAGGGGAAAGUGGAACUGCAACAGCAAUUUAUUACCCACAUCAUCAGAUCAUUGAAAUGAAAAACUUAAUCAAA